UCAGGCGGCUGAGUGGAGGUCACGGGUUCGAGACCGGGCGGUGGCGGCAGUCAUGGCGCGGCGGUUUGCGUUGUUCGAUUUAGGCGGAGUGCUCUUCGAGCCCGGCCUGCAGCACUUUCUGGGCUCCUGCGAGCGGAGCUACGCCUUGCCCAGGAAUUUCUUGCGGGACGUCCUGUUUGCAGGUGGUUCUGACAGCCCCCACAACAAGGUGAUGCGGGGGCAGAUCACCCUGUCCCAGCUCGUCUCGGAGGUGGAUGAGGGUUGCAGGCAGCAGGCCUCCACUUCAGGCAUCACGUUACCAACCAGCUUUUCCAUCGCCCAUGUGUUUGAGGAGGUAGCAGCCAAGGGCACCCUCAAUGCCCCACUGCUGCGGGCUGCCAGCAUGCUCCAGAGGAAUGGGUUUAAGACCUGUGUCUUCACCAACAACUGGGUGGAUGACAGUGCAGGGCGGCUCUUCACCUCCUCUCUGCUGACCAUGCUGCAGCGGCACUUCGACCUGGUCAUUGAAUCAUGCCGUGUGGGGCUGCACAAGCCAGAUCCCCGCAUCUACACCUACACCCUGGAGCUGCUGCAGGCACAGCCACAGGAGGUGAUCUUUCUGGAUGACGUUGGGGAGAACUUGAAGCCAGCCCGAGAGAUGGGAAUGGCCACCAUACUUGUCAGGGACACCGACACCGUCCUGAAGGAGCUGCAGGAGCUGUCAGGCGUGCAGCUUCUCCAGCAAGAAGAACCGUUGCCGACUGCCUGUGAUCCAGCCACCAUGAGCCAUGGAUAUGUGUCCAUCCGGCCCGGUGUGCAGCUGCACUUCGUGGAGAUGGGGCAUGGCCCUGCUAUCUGCCUGUGCCACGGCUUCCCCGAGUCCUGGCUCUCCUGGCGCUACCAGAUUCCUGCCCUGGCUGAUGCUGGCUUCCGUGUCAUUGCUUUGGAGAUGAAAGGCUACGGCGAGUCCACAGCACCGCCAGAGAUAGAAGAGUAUUCCCAGGAGCAGAUCUGUAAGGACCUUACCGUUUUCCUGGACAAACUGGGCAUCCCACAAGCCGUGUUCAUCGGUCACGACUGGGGUGGUGUAGUGGUCUGGAACAUGGCCCUCUUCUACCCUGAGAGAGUGAGGGCCGUGGCCUCACUGAACACCCCAUACCGACCAGCAGACCCCACAGUGGACAUCGUGGAGAAGAUGAAAAGCUUCCCUAUGUUUGAUUACCAGUUCUACUUCCAGGAGCCGGGCGUCGCAGAGGCUGAGCUGGAGAAAGACAUCGGCCGUACCCUGAAAGCCCUUAUCCGUUCCAUCCGCCCAGAGGACCGCCUGCGCUCGGUACCUGGCAUGCAUAGUGUCCAGGAGCGAGGGGGGCUGCUGGUCGGCUUCCCAGAGGACAUUCCUGAGAGCCUCAUCCUGCACGGUGCUGUGCUGCAGUACUACAUCGAGCGCUUCCAGAGGUCUGGCUUCAGGGGUCCACUGAACUGGUACCGGAACAUGAGACCCAACUGGCACUGGGCACUCUCAGCCAAGGACAGGAAGAUCCUCAUGCCAGCACUGAUGGUGACAGCGGGGAAGGAUGUGGUGUUGUUGCCCAGCAUGAGCAAGGGCAUGGAGGAGUGGAUCCCACAGCUGCGCCGGGGGCAUCUGGAGGCAUGUGGCCAUUGGACACAGAUGGAGAGACCUGCGGCCCUGAACAAAAUCCUGGUGGAGUGGUUGGAGGGCCUCCCUCCGGAUGGGGCCAUGCUGAGGGUAUCUCGGCUGUGAGCAUCCCUGCAGCUCCAUCCCAGGGCUCCCCUUGCCCUGGGGUGAUGCUGGAAGGGAGGAUUUGGUAAGGAAGUCUGGAUGCACUGACGCUGCUGCUGCUUCAGGAAUUGCCUUUUGCCUUUGUAACACAGAGAAAUAAAGCAUCCAUGGGGCUCAGCCCCCCACUGCUUCUCCCA